AUUUUUUGUAAAUUAUUGUCUUAAAAAUUACUUGAAAAUAAAAUUUCAGAAAUAAUAUUAAUUGUUUCAAAUUAAUUCGCGCCUUUUUCUCGAGCUCAGUGCUGCUCCUAACGGAAUAUUUCCGAAAAAGUCAGUUUAAAAAACCGAAAAUUAGUGCAUGACAGUUGUCAUCAAAUUUUUUUUUAGGUUAGAAAAAUGUAAACAAAGCAAUAAUCUCGGUUAUAAGAAGUGACGAAAAAUCAAUAAAUAAUGUUGAAAAUUAAUGAAAAAAUUAUUUUUUUUACAAUCUAUUAGUGAAGCAUUUUAUUAUUUUAAUUAAAAUAAGUUUGUCGACAAUUAAGAUAUUUCUUCUUGAAGAAUAAUUUAUUUACUUUUUAAUUGAGGACAACGGCAUUUUUUAUGUUGCAAAAAGUUUAAUGAACAAAUGUGUUAAAAAAAUCAGGUGGGCUGUUGAGAAUAUAUACCUGUGUCUACAGACUCCCUUGGACCAGUUACAUUUAAACAAUGCUCCAACCGGCAAAAUAUUCUCAUUAUCUGAUUGACCCAUCUCUCUGACUCAGGAUUCGGACAAAUGAUGUUUCUUUAAAUGCAGUUGAUUUGAUGAAGAAGAAGAGAAAAAAAUUCAGAUAACUGUUAUAAUUGGUUGGGACUGGUAAUAUAUUGAGAAAACAAUACUUGGAGACACAGCACGCGUGAUAAUAGCGGAAGCAACUUAGUGCUUUAAACGGCUUAAAUGUCGUUGAUUGCAGUAGGAGGUAAAUGAGAGUUUCGGUGGAGCGAGAAAAUUUAAGGAUUUUUACUCCAUUAAUUAAAUUCCUGUGGUGAUUUUCGAUUCCGAGGAAGGACUCUCGCUCGCGGGUGAUUUCGACGGGAAGGAUAAAUGCAACAGCAGCAGCAGUAACGCAGAAAUCGAUUGUGCGUUCUCCAGAAGAGAUCUCAACGAGAGGAGAGUGAGAGGAUCCAGAAUCUUUACCAAGAACUGUGAUUAUUUCAUUGAAAGUUAUACUUGGAUUAAAAAAAUUUUUUGGCACCCUUCUUUUGAAUAAAAAAAAAUUCAACAUCGAAAUGUGUCCUAUGGCAACUGGAACCGGUUGCCACGCUCUUAAAAUAGUUUCUCCGGCGUAAAAGGGACCGCCAUACGUGCGUGGAAAUACUCUUUUGUGAAGGGGGCAAAGGGAGAGAGCGAGAGGAAGAGAGAGAGCCAGUUUCAGGUGAAAAAAAGAUGACGAGAACACGAUUAAUAAUUGGACUGGGAGCCGUGACAAUUGUCUUUCUAACAAUCGCGAGCUUUUCGAAAGCUUGUAAUGAGGCAAUUUGCGCCAGUGUAGUUAGUAAAUGUAUGCUCACAGGAAGUUGCAAGUGUGAUUUAGUAACCUGUACCUGCUGCAAGGAGUGCUUUAAUUGUUUAAGCUAUCUUUACGAUGAAUGCUGUUCUUGCGUUGAUCUCUGUCCAAAACCUAAUGUAACAGACAAUCCUCUGAGUAAAAAAUCUCAUGUCGAGGAAUUUAGUGAGCCAGUUCCGGGACUUUUCCUCGCCCUCACAGCAGAUCCAGAUCCUCACAAACGAUGGCUCACUUAUACAUAUCCAGUAGAUUUUAAUGUCACAAUGUUUAAAUCAAAACAAGAUCACGAGCCCAAAUAUUACAUGCAAUCAAUUGAUACGGAAAGCAAGCAUCCCCAGAAGCCGAAUACGGUGACAGUGAAUUGUACAGUUGCUUAUAUGGCGCAAUGCAAUUCUUGGAAUAAAUGUAAAGCCUCAUGUCAAAGUAUGGGAGCAACGAGCUUCCGUUGGUUUCACGACGGAUGCUGCGAAUGCAUAGGAAACACCUGCAUCAAUUAUGGAAUUAACGAAUCACGAUGCCUUCACUGUCCCCUCGAUAAAGAAGAUGACGAUCUCAAGGAUCAGUAUGACGACUACGGACAGGAGGAAGAACUCAACGAGGAUGAACUCGAUUAAAAGAAAAAAAAUAUCCCAAAAUUUUUUCGAUUUUCAAAAAAGAAUCUCGGAAAAUUAUGUCAAUUAAAAGUAUCUUAUAAUUUUAAGUAUUAUGGAACGAACAAAUUAUUUAAAACAAAAAAUUGAAUGUAAAAAAAUUUUACAUUCAAUUUUCGACAAAAGUAAAUUUCGAUUAGAAGAUAAUCAGUGAAUAAAGAAAGAAAAACUCAUUGUCAGUGAAUCAAAACGAAGCUGGAUUUUGGUUUGAGAUUCAUUUUAAAUAUAUUUUUUUAAAACUUUGACGAAGUUUCGAUGAAACAAAAAAAAAAAAAAUAGGAAAAAAAAAUCAAACAGAUUCUUGUAAAUUAUUAGAAAACGAGUUAAUCAUGACAAUAACUUAAAAAAAUAUAUGUGUGGAGGGCCAGACUUAACGAUUCUUAAGGAUCACUUUUAUUGUGCAUUAGUUAGUUCGUAUAUUUUUAUCAUGAUUAUUUUUAAUAUCUAAGGCAAAAUUAUACAUGUAUUUUUCCGUACGUUGAUAUUUAAGAGCAAAAUACAUCAUUAUCGCACUGUGCCAUAAAAAAAUUAAAUAAAAAAUUGUACAUAUGA